GUUUAUAAUUUAGGGUAUCUUACAUUCCUCUAAAUGUGUCCACCAGUGUUUAGAUAUAAUGUUAUUAUGUUAAACUUUCUGUAAAUGUCAAACUACUUUGGUCACAAUUUAUUUCAACAGUUUAGCAAGCCAACAGUUUAUACAUUACAAAUAACUUCUGACCGAAACAAAUCAUACAUCUUCAAAAGUUUCUCUAAAAUGAGCGAACCAGUUUUACACACAAGCGUUGAUGCUCCUUUUCGAUUAUUACUGUCUUGUGUGAAAGUGGAGAGUUCAGAGGUCCCCACAGCGGUAACACGUGUGUCAUGAGAUUACACAAACAUAUUUAAAGAUGGCUGCCAUUUACUCUGGCAUCCAACUGAAACUCAAAAACACCCGAACACCCUGGCCAGACAAACUAAAACUUGCUCGAUUUGCAUGGAUAUCAACACAGUGCCUUCUUCCUAAUAAAGAACAGGUUCUGUUUGACUGGACAAAUCAUGCUCUCACUUGCUUUUACAAUAAGAAAGUGGAGAUGCCUCCAGAGGUGGUGGAGGGUUUAUGGACCUACCUUGAUGAUAUCCUUCACAGCAGGAAGCUUCAUAAUGUGCUGAGUCAAGGAAAAACCAUUAGCCUUCGUCUCACAGUAGCACAGAUAAUCAAUGACAGGAUUUUGGACUAUACUUCAGGACUCAGAUCUGUCAGUUUCCACACCAUUCUGAGCUGUUGCCAUGGUAUCUUGACCUCCCCGGUGCUCUCUGUUAUCUACACUGCUAAGUAUGAGUUAUUAGUGCAGCUUUUGUCUCGACUCUGUGGCUUGACCAGCAUGCAGCUCAGACAACAAAAAUAUGAGGAGCCUCUCUCACUCAAAGCCUUUGAGGUUCUUCUUGUUGUCCUUAGCAAUUACCUUACAGUGCAGAAACAGCAGGCAAACUCCAACCGAGUGUUUUUCCAGGUAACGGCACAUCUUCUUCAUCCGCUACUCCUCCUCAGACACUUACUGAACACUAGAGUAUGGACCGAAAAAGAUGAUGUCAAGAUUCGACAGAAUCUGAGCAAGGAAAUACGGACCAAAGUGGAUGCUGUUCUCCAGUCAGCACUCUUCCUUUCUGAUCAUUUACAAUCUUACAAGGUAGAAGUUUCACCAUCCGAGAAUGAAGCUGGGGAUAGAAAGAGCCAUAUAGGAAAAGGCUUGCAAGGCCCUCUCAAUACAAUCCUUACAAGGAUUUGCAUCCAUGGAGCUAGCGAAGAGGAAGAGGCACUAUUUUAUGCCGUUAAAUCAAACUCUCUCUCAUUGCUAUUUAAAUUUGCCCUAGAUUCUUUUUGUAGAGGCGGAGAGAACAAGCGAGUGAUCUUUCACCUCAUGGCAAAACUCAUUACUGCUUUGGGGUUCACAGAUGAACUAGACAUUGAUGAGAAUUUCAGAGCAUCAAACUGGGGUAUCUGUUUACUCGCUCUGGAGAACCUCCUGAACUCCUGUUUGGUCGGUGAUAUCUAUAAUGUAGCUGCAGACAGAAUACAACACGGAGAGGUGCAAUUCAAUUUCUACAGGAAAGUGGCUCGCCUAUUAUUUAACAAUACACAGAUGGGCGUCCCAGCUUGGUACCGCUGUCUCAGAGCUCUGCUCGCACUGAAUCACCAAAUCCUAGAGCCAGAUUUAGAUGAGCUUCUCUCAGCUGUGUGGGUUGAUGCAGAAAACAUGGAACUACGUGUGAGGAAAGCCAGAGAAGCACUUGUGUCUGCCGUCUUGCAAACUUAUUCCAAACUCCGACAGCUGCCUAAACUUAUCGAAGAGCUGCUUGAUGUAGUGUGUCGGCCUGCAGCAGAUGAGUUGAGACCAGCUUUGUUGCCGGAAGCGAUACAAAAGACCCUGAGUCAGUGUUUGCUAGACAAUCCUCUCAGGCAAAAUCUUGAGAUCUGUGGGCUCAUUUUAAAGAGAGUGCAGUCCUGUCUGCUUCCCCACAUUCAAGAUGAAACAUCGGAUUUGGCACUGAAAGUCUUUUCUAUGAGUUUGCUCCUUCAUGCUGUGCUCUUCAGUUUUAAGACUUUGGACAACAGCACCCCUGUGCCAGUUGUAAAGCAAACUCUAAGUUUGAUGACAGAAAUGCUAAAGGUUGUUGAAGAUUUGUUGGAGCAGAAACUUGCCACAAAAGGUCCUUGGAUGGAGAAGGUUCAAGAGGUGACUCUUCUGCUUGCUCAUACUUGGGUUGAGGCAGAUGCUCUCUUUCAAAUUCACUGUACUAAGUACACAUCACCUUCUGCCUCUCAGAGUAGCACUUUAGUGGACAAAGCUCUGAUGCUAAGGAACAUGGACAGUCCACUUGGUAAACUAUUACAGAAUCUCCUUGCUCUCCACAAGCUGAAGAUACACUUGCUCAAAUCAUUCAGUGAAUCAUCAGAGAUGCAGAAAAUGGCUCAGUUUAUUCUGAACAGGGAAGAACUUUCAGUAAUACACAGCCUCGACCAGAUGUGGGACUUUCAGUUUUGUAAUGUGAAUUCCAGCACUUAUAAUGCAGCCCACUGGUUUCUUGUUACCUCCAACCUUCCAUUAAUUGCCCCUUAUCUUGAUCCAAACGACAGGUCUGUUUUUGCAGAAUGUAUGUUAAAGUCUUUGCUUCAGAGCUUGGAUGCCUCUGGAAGCAAUUUGGAGAACACUGGGAUCUCUGUCUGCUUAAUAUCAAGACAAUUACUGGAGAGUCCUGUUCUUUGUGAGCUCCCUGAGAUUUUCUCAGCGUUGACGAAGUGCAUCAUCAAGGCGUUGUUUGGACUGCUCGACUCAUCACACAUGCAGCUUAUUUGUCCUUCAUUUUUGACGCCUCCUGUAGAAAACGUUGAAGUCAAAGAUGAAGAAAUGGGCAUGACACCUUCUAUGAAGAGACUCAAAGCUAUUGGACUGGAGAUGUUGUACUCUGUCAAAAUGAAGUCUUCUGUACCUCUAUCUAAAAGACAGAUAAAUGGAUUACUGCAGCUAGUCAAAGUCACAAGUGUCCUGAAUGGAUACGCAAUGUCCUAUGAAGACUAUUUAGAACUUUUUCUGACUUUGUUAACACUGACGUCCACCAUUCAGUGUGUUGAAGAAACAAAUCUCUCUGCAUUUAUUGAGUUACUCAAAGAGCUUUUUAGUGUCAUGGCUUCACUCUUGCUGGCCAAAAACUCUCAAAGCAUCCUGAAAGUUAUUCACGGAAGUAAUCUCUUAGAGGCAACAAUGACAACCCUUUUCUCUCGGAGCAGCGAAGGCCUCUUCAAGAGUUUGGAUGGUCCGACUUGGUUGUCUUUCCUUCAGUCAGUUCAAGAUUUCAUCCAGUCCCUAAUUCGGCUUAUAAUCGACAGGAAAAGCAGCAUAUGCCUCAAUCUGGAGAAAUUUACCUCCUUCAUGGUUGAAUGUAACUUCACAGCAAGAGUUCUGACUGUAGACACGGGAGAUCUCUUCUCGCUGCAGCUUCAUCUGGUAACUUUAAGCGCACUUUGCAGAGAAAUGAUGACAACCCUCGGCAAGAACAAACAGCUGGACCAGGCCCUGACUCACUUGUUAGAGAAAGCCACUGCUGUCAUGGAGCCAGCCAUUCAGGCUGUGUUGAUGGGCAAGGGAAGUUGUCUCCUCAGGCAGUCCUUCUCUGUUGAAGUGGUAACGGUCAUGAUCAGGUGUGAACUAGCAAGAGCUUCAAGCUCUAACGAUGACGGCCAGGAAAAAAUAUCCAGUAUGCCAUUCUAUAGGAGCUUUUACCAGCAGAUCUUAAAAGAGCUGUUCCCAUCACCUCGUCCUAUGGACUUCCUCAUUUCAUCGAUUCACUAUCUUUCUGCAUUCCACAUGGCUGCAGAGAAGACCAAAGUGGCAGAUCUUGAAGAUCUUCAUAUUGAGAUUUUGCAGAGUAUCCAAGCGCUGCUGUCAGGAACGUGGAUGUCUCUGACAGACGUGAAAGAGCUGGAGGGUCCAGUGAAGGAACUGCUUAAUCAGCUGAUGUCCAACUGUUCUCAAGAGCAGUUCCAUCUAUUUCUGCUGAUGCUCAGAGAGGGGCUUGUGGCAGCCAAGGUUGAAGGAGGCCAAUGCUCUGAGGUUCUGUCCGCAGUGACUUUAAUAAAGCUGCUUGCCUGUUGUCUUUUUCCAGAGCAUUGCUCAAAGGCUUUUUGGCUCAUCACCCCACAAAUAAUAUCCAGCCUCAUUUUCAUAAUAAAGGAAUCCAGCAAACUCCCCUCUCUGACCCGUGUGCUGACAGUACCAGGUCUCGAGGCUCUGACCGUCUUGCUCCGGCAGGGUAAAGCACAAAUCUCCAACCCGCACCAGGUGAUUGUGGUUUUGGGCGCACUGCAGUUUGUGCCUCUCGAUAGUCAUUGCAUGGAGGACUAUCAUUCUGCUUUUGAGGCCGUCCAUGAAGCUCUGUUUGCAAUUAUCCACUGCUACCCUCAGGUAAUGCUGAAAGCUUCUCCCACCUUCCUGAAUUGCUUUUAUCGCUUAGUUUCUUCAGUCAUGCAUGAAGGGAAACAGCGGAGUGACACUGACAGAGCUUCUGAGAAAGACAGAGAGAGUCUUCUGAAGUGUGCUAGGCUGGUGGAGAGGAUGUACACUCAUGUUGCCAGUGCUGCUGAAGAUUUCACUGUCCUGUCCUCCUUCAUGGUCGCGCAAUACGUCAGUGAACUGCAGAGGGUGACGCUUCAGCCAGAAAUCAAGGCACAUCUAACAGAGGGAAUAUACUGCAUUCUGGACCACUGUGUUGAACAAGACAUCAAGUUUUUGAACACCACCCUUCAAAUGGGCGUCAAGGAGGUGUUCAAUGAACUGUACAGUAGUUACACACACUAUCACAAAUCUCAAAGACAAGGGGAAGAAAAGUACACUGUUUGAUAGUUAUAUUUAGUGCCCUAAAUGUGUCAAGGAAAUAAACCUAUUUUGUCUUUUUACUUCUGAUUAAUCUCUUAUAGUUCUUAAAUCUUAAAGAUGGUGAUAAAAACAGUUGUAACUUCAUCCAAAAACAAAAGUUGACAUUAUUUAGCUGUGCGUAUGUUUUUUUUUUUUUUUGCAAAGCUUUCUUUUGUGUAAAAUAAUACAAUAUAUUUUAUCCACUCUAGAAAAUGCAGUAGCUCUGUUGUUUAAUUUCCUGUGUUUUUAAAAAUAUCAUUUUCUUAUUAAAGAAAAAAGUCAUACAGGUUUGAAAUGCCAUAAGGGUAAAUAAAUGAUGACCAAAUG